UGUCAGUUUAGCCCGCUGCUGAGUGGGCCGAGUUUGGAGGUCGACGCGGUCGGCAAUUCCUUUCGACGCCGCGGCGUCUGUGGCGGGCGUCGAAAGGGAAGUGACGUGGUGACGACUGCGGGGCCAAAGAGCGCGUUAGCGGCUCAUAAAGGGGCAGGCGAAAUUGUACGUCGAUCAUGCCACCGCCGCCGUGGUGGCGUCCUUUGUGACCUUAUCAUCGUGUUCUGCCUUCGGCAACUAUACGCCAUCCCAAUCUCGACCUAUCGAGUGCGCGCGUUUCUUAUAACGAGUGCCUGCCGGCGGUUGAAGUUACCGCAAAGUAACUGUUGUUGGAACAGAGCCGCCCUUUUUGUGUGGCGAUUGUUCUCCCCCCUCCCAUCAAACCGAACUUGAGAGACAGCCCAGGAGACAACCUUCGUCGCAAGCAUGUCGACUUACUUCGAGAAAAGAGUGAUGUUCGGGCACAGCCGGAAGAACAGUGACAGCACCGAGUUCAAGGAGAUGUCCAAGGCGGACGCCCAGGCCCACCUGGCACAGGAGCUUGAGAAGCUCUGCCGCACGGCCAGUGCUGCCGAACGCGAGACCGUCGAGGCCGAGUUUCGCGGCUUCCAGCGCCUCUUCCACAAGUUCGUCAAGGACACCGGGCCAGCUGUCGUCUGGGACAAAAUCCAGCCCGUGCCCGAAAAUUCGGUCAUCAAGUAUGAGACGCUGCAAGCGCCGACAGACGAGGAGGCCAUCCGGUCCAUGCUCGACAAGCUGGUGGUGGUGAAACUGAACGGUGGCCUCGGCACAAGCAUGGGCUGCAAGGGCCCAAAGUCUGUGAUCCCCGUCCGCAAUGACCUCACUUUCCUCGACAUGACUGUGCAACAAAUUGAGUACCUGAACAGGACGUACAAUGCCAACAUGCCCCUGGUGCUCAUGAAUUCGUUCAACACUGAUGACGACACGUCCAAGGUUCUCCGCAAGUACAAGGGCUUCAAGGUCAAAAUAUACACCUUCCUCCAAAGCAGGUAUCCAAGGAUAAACAAGGAGACCCUCAUGCCAAUUGUGACCUCGCUGAACUCACCAUCAGAUGAAGGCUUCUACCCUCCUGGCCACGGGGACUUCUACACGUCAUUCUGCCAAUCGGGGCUCAUGGACCACUUCCUGACGGAAGGUCGCGAGUACUGCUUCAUCUCCAACAUUGACAACCUCGGUGCCACAGUCGACCUCAACAUCUUAAACAUGCUGCUUCGUACAAGUGGAAGUCAAGCCCCAGACUUCGUCAUGGAAGUGACCGACAAGACGAGAGCCGACGUCAAGGGUGGCACGCUCAUUGAGUACGAGAACAAGAUUCGUCUACUGGAAAUUGCGCAGGUUCCUAAGGAAAAUAUUGACGAAUUUAAGAGUGUAAAGAAAUUCAAGAUCUUCAACACGAACAAUCUCUGGAUGAAGCUGAGCAGUGUUGGCCAGUUGGUGGAGACUGGUGGCAUCGACAUGGAGGUCAUCAUCAACAACAAGACUCUGGACUCGGGCAUCAACAUCAUUCAGCUCGAGACGGCAGCUGGAGCAGCAAUGAAGGACUUCCAGAAUGCCAUUGGCAUCAACGUGCCGCGCAGUCGUUUCCUCCCGGUGAAGAAGACCUCUGACCUGCUGCUGGUGAUGAGCAACCUGUACCACAUGAAGUUUGGCACGCUGGUCAUGAGCCCCAAACGCGCCUUCCCCACUGUGCCCCUCAUCAAGCUGGGCGACAACCACUUCUCCAAGGUACGAGAUUUCCUGAACCGGUUUGCGAGCAUACCAGACAUUUUGGAACUGGACCACCUGACGGUGUCCGGUGAUGUCACUUUUGGCAAAGGUGUUUCCCUCAGGGGCACGGUAAUCAUCAUAGCCAACCAUGGUGACCGGAUCGAUAUACCAGCAUCGGCCGUGCUCGAAAACAAGAUUGUGUCGGGCAACCUGCGCAUCCUGGACCACUAGGCUGGGUGGGGAUGCUCGGAAAACUUGCGAUCCCGCAGUUAUCGUGUUGUGCCCAUCUGGUGACCUUCCUCUGCUUGGGCUGUGCUGUGACACUUGCUCUCUCCUGUUGCGAAUUGUUUAUCUGGUUUAUACAGUGAUGGCCUUAUCUGCUUUCUCUCACCCAUUCUGUAGUAUCAUGUCUCCCAAGCUCUUUCACGGAGAUUUAAUGCUGCCAAACCAGUGCAGGAAAUGCAAGAAAUGCUAGAGCAUAGGCCGUGCACAGAAGCCAUGCCCGUAUCGUGUGGCAAAUGCUGACCUAGCUUUGGCGCAAGCUAGAUAAUGUUUCGAUGGCAUUUAAGGUGAACCAAAGGCAAAUGUGUAAUGCAGCAGGUAGCAGCUGCGUGCUGUGCAAGCUUGUUUUCAGUACAUCUCCAUGAUGUCAUGGUCGUAUCAUGGUUCAUUGUGACAAAGUCGUGACAUAGUCAUGCCGCGGUUGUGAUGGUCACGUCACCGUCGUGAUGCACUGUGUCUGCUCACUUACACGGUUGUGUCACAGUUCAUUGCGGCAUUCCUUGCAGACAUCUCAGAGGUGUUGUACAGCCUUGCCGUGCAGCAAAAGUCUCGUACAGAGAUGUUUUUGGCACUUUGACGCACGGUGCUAACUUGUUGCGUGUAAGUGUUUUCGCAGACGUUCGUCUGCACGUAUGAAUGUUAACGACACUAGUUUACGUGAUAGCUACAGGGUGCCGUUCACCUGCUGCAUCAUUUGUGAAGGCAUUACAUCUCGUGUGGUAUUGACCAUCCAUUUUCCUGUAGCUCCCGCGCUUGUUCACACGCAUGUAAGACUGAAUUUCACCCGUAGUGCCGUUCCUGUAGCUAGAACUCCUAGUCCGAGCCAAGUUAACAGAAAUGAGUGGUGAUUAGUAUGUUGUCAGGCAGUUUCAUUCAGCAGUUUUCAGGAUGCCAUAUUUUAAGGGGUAUUCACAUGUGAGCUUAACAUCUCAAAAUUGAGCUCACACCUGUGCCAUAGAGGAAUGGAAAAAGUGGUUCACUGAAAAAAGAAAUGUUGUUACAGGAGUGAACUUAUUGCAUACACCUUGUGCCAUUUCUUUCAACGGCGCUGUAAGCCUUGGAUUUGUGAUAAGUCAUUGAGUCAGCAACAAGUCUAAUCAUUUUUUUUCUUUAACUUUUUAAACAACUUGAAAAUCGUAAGCCUGCCUUUGUACACCUACCAGGAGGCUUCGUGUUAUUGAUUGUUGUUGCAGAAGUGAUGCCAGGGCUGACUGCCGAUGGAUUUAUCAGUUCUAUAAAACACGAAUGAAUUCUUAUGGUUUCCUUUUUUUAUUUUUAUUUGGCCAUGGUUCCUUUUCAGCUGUCUGGUUUUAUUUAUCUGGGAAAUGUGGGAUAUCUUGUAUGCAAUUUUUUUCGUUAAUGGUUUUCGGGGAAGGGAUGUGCUGUAACAAAAGCUUACUUAAUGUGUGUGAUUACACGUACAUCUGGUGUUGGCGCCAGGGUGACGGGCGUGUCCUGGUUAACUCUGGGCAGCGUUAUUUUACAAUUUUCGUAUUUAGCUGUAUGAGUAUUUUAGCGGAUGUUGCCGAGAGAAAGGGAUGCAUAGCAAUCCACCAGCUGCAUUGUCAUCAAGGAUGUCUAUGGACUGCAGUUAUGUACAAAGUAGGAAGUUUUGUCUUAGGCCGUGAAAUAAAUUAUUCUUGAAUUCUG